UGAUACAGUUCAAUUUGGCACAUACUUCCGAGACAACUAUGUUGGGAAUGCAAAUUGUUGGGCAUAUUGCCAUAGAUUGAAUGCUGGAAUCAAUACCAACAUGCAUAUAGAAAGAAUGCAUCGCACUAUUAAAUAUAUAUAUCUAGGUAGUAAAUGUGUCAAGCGUUUAGACAAAGCUAUUUUUGCAUUGAUGUCAUUUGUGAAGCACAAGCUGUUUGACAGGCUUAUUGUGCUAAAUAAAGGUAAACUGACGAGUAAACUUAAGGACAUUCGCCUUCGGCAUAAAUCAGGGAAUAAUAUUAAGGAGGACUUCAUUACUAUGGAGUUUUCUGGUUGGAAAGUGCGUUCUUCUUCAAGGUCAACAGAUUAUUUUGUAUAUGAUAAUGACUUUCAGUGCAACUGCAGAUUGAUGUGCAUUAAAUGCAGGGCUUGCGUUCAUAGGUAUUCUUGUACAUGUAUUGACUAUACCAUCAAAUGGAAUAUGUGCAAGCACAUACAUAGUGUUUGCCAGAUUCAGUUAAAGCAGCAACCUUCUAAACACCUAAGAAAUAGUGAAGUUACACUUAUUGAGAGUGAAGAUAUUUCUGUUGUAGACGAGAAAACAGAAAUACUAGCGGAGGUAACGAAAAAAAGUGUUAAUGAUUCUGUACCUUUGUCAGUCCAAAGAAGGGAACUUAUCGCAGAGUUUUCUGGUAUUGUAUCUGAACUGACCUCAAAUGACUUGGAAACUGCUAAAAAAUGUUAUCAUCACUAAAGGCAACUGUAGCUGUCGGAAUGUUGCAGCAAAAACAGGCACCGCUGCAUAUAGAAAGGAAACAAGCACAAAGGAUUUUACCUCAACGUAGACUGUACUCUACAAAGAAAAACAAAAGGGGUAAUAAUGCAUCCCUGGUGCUACCAAAUUCAGAAGAAUCCAGUUUGAUCAAAUUAUCUCUACUGGCAGACAAAGAAGAUGCACUUGUGGAAAAAGGUUCAGCUGUUCAAAAGCAACCAACAAUAAAAAGUACAGAGGGUGUAGCAGGUCCAUUCCCCAUUACAGCAUGUGCCCUACAGCACAGCCCGACGAAUCUUCUGCUUGCAGGCUCAACUCCCAUGAUUCAGCCAAUAUCAAAACAGGCUGAGGUGGUAUCUAGUCCGUCUCUCGCUACAUCGUAUGUGCUGAAACACAGCCCGAGGAAUAGCUCAACUUCCACAAUUCAACCAAUACCAAAACAGGCUGUGGUGGUACCACAUCCAUCCAUCGGUACAGUACGUGUGUUGCUACACAGCUCAACAAAUGGUGCUUUUCUCCCACAUUUAAACCAGUGACAGAGCAGGAUAAGAUGGUAUCAGUGCCUUCCCUUACUACAGCGCAUGUUCUGCAACACGGCUAUGGAAUGCAACCUGUGAUGCCAGGAAACUCACAGAUAAACUAAAUCAUGUGCCAGAUGUCGAGCACCAUUGCGUUUGGAAGUUCCAUUGUUUUUAUUGCAAUUCAUGAUACUGUGAAAUAUUUUUAUAAUUGCUGUACAUUUAGCUAAAAAAGUUACAGUAAAAUUUUCUUGUAAAUUAUGCCUGCAGAAACUUUUGUACUGAAUUUAAUCUUUUCUUUUGGUUUAU